AUGCCGACCCAGACAUCUCUCCCUUUGCCGACUCUAUCUCCGACAACUUCCCCAGAUCUCACGCUCCACAGUUCGCUUACGAUCAUGCGAUGGGACUCAUCUCGCUGGUCCACCAAUCCCUAUUAUGCCCUGGUGAUUACGGUCAUAGCGUGUGGUGGUAUUCCCAAGGGGUACGAUGAGGGUGGCUAUAGCGGCAGCGUGUCGCUCCCCGCAUUCAAGGCGGAUUUCAACCUGGACCCGUCACAUUGGGAGAAUAACGCCACAGGGCUAGCCAAUCGGAAGGCCAACAUCACCUCCUUCAACGUGCUCGGGGCUGCGAUCGGGGCUCUCAUCGUCCUGGAUCUCAAUGACAGAUUCGGACGCCUGUUGGCCUGGCGCAUCGCGUGCAUCGUGUGGGGGGUGGGCACUCUGAUCCAGAUCUUCGCCUCCGGGAUUUACGGGCUGCUGCUCUUUAGUCGGAUAUUUGGAGGACUAGGGGCCGGCGCGCUCACCGUCACCGCACCCCUGUAUCUGAGUGAGAUAGCCCCGGCGAAAACACGAGGUCUGGUGGUAGGGUUGUACAUGGUUCUUUUACUGGCCUUCUUGACAACUGGUUUUUUCGUCAAUUAUGGCGCCAGAACUCAUAUGGCGGUCGACCGGACCCAAUACCGCCUAGUCCAGGCGGUGCCGUUGAUUCCAACGGGGAUCGCGUUCAUCCUGUCGUACUUUUGUCCGGAAACUCCCCGAUACCUGGUCUCAAAGCAGCUUCACAGCGAAGGCCUGAAUGCGCUAGCGCGCUUGCGCGGAAAGCCUCACAAUGAUCCCGACCUGGUGGCUGAAUUUGAGACUAUUGACGCGCAAGUGCGUGAGCGCUCGACGGACCUUGCGUCCGUGUCGCAUUGGGCGAUGUUCAAGGAGACCCAAACCAACCCAAAUUAUCGCCAGCGCUUUUGGCUGAUCAUGACCAUGCAGACCAUCGGUCAGUGGACCGGUGGCAAUGGUAUCACAUACUAUGUGACCAGCAUUUUCCAGGUAUGCCAGCUCGAGCGAGACAAUGAUAACAUAUUAUUUUACGCCGGUCUGACAGGCGAUGCCGAAUCCCUCGUCGGCUCAGGCGCCUACGGAGUCGUGAAGUUAGUCUUCACCAUGGCCUUCACAUGGGGACUAAUUGAUCUACUUGGCCGACGACGCUGCACCAUAGCCGGGCUCUCUCUCCAACUAGCAGCACACAUCUACAUGGGCAUCUACAUGGGUCUGCAGCCCGGCUCGGCAGAUAAUCAUAAUGCGUCAAACGCAGCCAUUGCCUCGGUCUUCAUCUAUGCCACCGGCUGGUCAAUCGGACUCUGCACAGUCCCGUACCUAUACGGCACGGAGAUCUUCCCCACGCGCAUCCGAAACGUCAGCUACGCCAGUAGUAUGUCGCUGCAUUGGUUCUUCCAAUUUGCCGUCGUGCGCGUAACACCCAACAUGUUCGUUUCCUUGCAUGUCUGGGGCGCUUAUCUCUUCUGGGCACUGAUUUGCUUCCUCGGACUGAUCAUCCUGGGCGUUUGGAUGCCGGAGACUAAGGGCGUGCCUAUUGAACAGAUGGGUGAUCUGUUUGAUGGGCCGUGGUACUUGCGUUGGAACGCAAAGCCCAAAAUUCGUGUUGAGGUCCCGACACCCGUGGAAGACACGGUUUCGUCUAAGGAUGAUCACACACACAAGGCUCACGAUUAG